AUGUCUGUUGCAUCCAACCCCAAACUUCUCGAGAAAUACAUGUCCCUUGAUACGGGAAAGGCCGUUCAAGUUGAAUACGUUUGGAUCGAUGGCUUUAACAACUUGCGUUCCAAGACCAAGACUGUCUACAAGGUCCCUGAAUCACCUGCUGAUCUCUCAGAAUGGAACUAUGAUGGCUCUUCCACUGGUCAAGCUGAAGGUCACGAUUCGGAUGUCUUGAUCCAACCUGUUGCUCUUUUCCCUGAUCCAUUCCGUGGUGGUGAUAACAAGAUUGUUCUUUGCGAAACCUUCAACCCUGAUGGCACUCCCCACAGAACCAACUACCGCAACGCAUGCAAAAAGAUCAUGGAUGCCCAUGCUGAUAGCGAACCUUGGUUUGGCCUUGAACAAGAAUACAUGCUUUUCGACCCUGAAACCGAAAAGCCUUAUGGCUGGCCUCGACAUGGUUUCCCUGAAGCACAGGGCAAGUACUAUUGUGGUAUUGGUGCUGGCAAGAUUUUCGGCCGUGAUAUUGUAGAAGCACAUUAUCGUGCAUGCUUGUAUGCUGGUAUCAAGAUUUCCGGUAUCAAUGCUGAAGUGGCUCCUGGUCAAUGGGAAUUCCAAGUGGGUCCUUGCGUAGGCAUUGAAGGUGGUGAUCAUUUGUGGAUGGCACGUUUCCUUUUGGAAAGAGUGAGCGAAGACUUUGGUAUUGCCGUCUCAAUUCAUCCCAAGCCUGUCAAGGGUGAUUGGAAUGGUGCUGGUUGCCAUACCAACUUUUCUACCAAGGAAAUGCGUGAAGAAGGUGGUAUCAAGGCUAUCGAAAAGUGCAUCCAAAACAUGGCCAAGCGCCAUCUUGACCACAUUGCCGUCUAUGGUGAAGACAAUGAUCAACGCUUAACGGGUCGUCAUGAAACCGGUCAUAUUGGUACCUUUGAUUAUGGUGUUGCCAAUCGUGGUGCAUCCAUUCGUAUCCCUCGUCAAGUUGGCAAGGAAGGCAAGGGUUAUCUUGAAGAUCGCCGCCCUGCUUCCAACAUUGAUCCUUACCGUGUCACUGGUAUCAUUGUGGAAUCCACCUUUUUGCCCGAAAACUAA